AUGGACCAGUAUAGCAUCCUGGGCCACAUUGGAGAAGGGGCCCACGGUAUCGUUUUCAAAGCGAAGAACAUUGAAACAGGUGAGAUGGUUGCCCUGAAGAAGGUGGCUCUCCGUAAGCUGGAGGAUGGGAUACCGAACCAAGCCCUGCGGGAAAUCAAAGCGUUGCAGGAGAUAGAGGAAAACCAGCACGUGGUGAAGCUGAAGGACGUCUUCCCCCACGGCACUGGCUUUGUCCUGGUGUUCGAGUACAUGAUCUCGGACCUCUCUGAAGUGAUCCGCAACUCCGAACAGCCCCUCACAGAUGCCCAAGUGAAAGGCUACAUGCUCAUGCUACUCAAGGGGGUGGCCUUCUGCCACGCCAACUCUAUCAUGCACCGGGACCUGAAACCAGCCAACUUGCUGAUCAGCUGCACAGGGCAGCUUAAAAUCGCGGACUUUGGUCUGGCCAGGGUGUUCACCAGAGAUGGAGACCGGCUAUAUAGCCACAAAGUGGCUACCAGGUGGUAUCGAGCCCCAGAACUCCUCUACGGAGCUCGGAAGUACGAUGAAGGUGUGGAUCUGUGGGCUGUGGGCUGCAUCUUCGCGGAGCUUCUCAACAACUCCCCGCUCUUCCCUGGGGAGAAUGAUAUCGAACAGUUGUGCUGUGUCCUCGGCGUGCUUGGGACUCCCAACCAGAAGAUCUGGCCGGAGAUCACCGAACUGCCCGAUUACAACAAAAUCUCGUUCAAAGAGAAGCCACCCGUCCCCCUGGAACAGGUGGUUCCAGACGCCUCACCGCAGGCCGUGCAGCUCCUAAAACAGUUCCUGAUCUAUCCUUCCAAGCACCGCGUGCGGGCAGCACAGGCGCUGCUGCACCCUUACUUCUUCACCACCCCACUGCCAGCCCACCACUCGGAGCUGCCCGUCCCCCAGCGCGGGGGCAAAAAGGCUCGCCCCCAGCACCAGCGGGAUUUUCACGUGGAGCAGCCCCUGGAAGAGGCCCUGGUGGAUCUAGAGCUCGUGGCGCCUUACGUGAUAGACGACUGAGGAG